GUGCAGUAAGCGGAAGUGAACCCUCAGUGUGUGUGCGCUGUUCAGGUGCAGUUGUUGCUUCUUUGCGGUUUAUUUUAUUUUGUUUUAUUUUAUUUCCGCAGUGAAAGUCGCGGAUUGUGAAGGACAAAAUGUCUGAUAACGAAGACAAUUUUGAUGAUGGAGAUUUUGAUGAUGUGGAGGAGGAUGAGGGACUGGAUGACCUGGAGAACGUGGAGGAUGAGGAUCAGGAGAAUGUACAGAUCCUCCCUGCAGGAGAAGGACAGCAGGCCAAUCAGAAGAGGAUCACUACACCAUACAUGACCAAAUACGAGAGAGCCAGAGUGCUGGGAACUCGAGCACUACAGAUUGCGAUGUGUGCUCCAGUGAUGGUGGAGUUGGAGGGAGAGACGGAUCCUCUGCAGAUCGCCAUGAAGGAGCUCAAAGGCAGAAAAAUUCCCAUCAUUAUUCGGAGGUACCUGCCUGAUGGGAGCUACGAGGACUGGGGCUGUGAUGAGCUUAUCAUUACUGACUAGCGCACACACACACACACACACACACACACACACACACACACACACACACACACACAGGCUUUCUGUUUUGACUGUAUGAAACACAUAAGGGAAUCUGUACACAGUGUUUAACCUAAAACUCACACAUGUAAAGUUUUCUUCAGCAAGAGUCUCUGGUCUCAAAUAAACACACACAAAUAAACACACUUAAACACACACUCAUCUGGGUACACACCCACACACACCCACUCACCCAUUAGUACACACACUCCUGCACAAUGGUCUCAGUGUGAGUGAAUGUGCAGUGAGUCCGUUUCUCCACUAGAGGGAGAAGAGUUGCGUUUUCAUUGUGAAGUGUAUUUUAGUUUGUUUUAUUAAAUGAACACAAUAAAUUUUUUUUAAUAAAAUAUGCAGUCAUCAUUUUUAAUGGAGA